CGGAACUUCUUAGCGGAGUGUAAAAAGCCUGGAGUGUGGGGCGGAGGCCCGACCGUACCAGGCCGGUGGGAGAGGAAAGGGGUCUUUUCCGUGGAGGAGGAGAGUAGGGAAGGGGGGAAGAGAGACCUGAAGGAUGUUGGGCAGGUUUGGUAAAGAGGGAACUAAAGCCAAUCAAAUGACCAUCUUCUAGACUUAGAUCAGCCUUUUCACAGUUCUUAUAGCAGCAUCUGCCCCAAUUUCAGCUGAAGACUCAGGGGCCUCAGGGACUGGAAGAAAUCACAAUACUUGGAAAGAAGAAGAGGUAGCGACUUGCCCCAGCUCAACCCCAGAGCGGCUCUGGAGUUGGGCUGCUCACAAACCAAGCUGUCUGUUUGUAUGGAGUGCCUGGAGGGCAUCUGCCAUGAGUCUGUCGCUAACUGCUAACCGUGCUAACCAGGAGAGCUGGCUGGUUGGGAGAAGACACUAACCCUGAGCUAUUGGCUAGAGGAAGUGGCGGGGCUGUGGGAUGAGGAGAGCCGAGGGCUGACUCCUGGACAGCGGAACAGAGAGAGCUGCUGACAGACGGACGGUUGAGGAGCUCUCACCUCCCAGAAUGACCAGUGCAGCCCCUGCUAAGAAACCCUACCGGAAGGCACCACCUGAGCAUCGGGAGCUGCGGCUGGAAGUUCCUGGCUCCCAGCUCGAGCAGGAGGAGUCCCUGACUGACACGGAGAGGAUGAAGCUUUUGCAGCAGGAGAAUGAGGAGCUUCGCCGGCGCCUCGCCUCGGCCACCAGGCGCACUGAGGCCCUGGAGCGCGAGCUGGAGAUUGGGCAGGACUGCCUGGAGCUGGAGCUGGGCCAGAGCCGUGAGGAGCUGGACAAAUUUAAGGACAAGUUCCGCAGGCUGCAGCACAGUUACACAGCUUCCCAGAGGACCAACCAGGAGCUAGAGGACAAGCUGCAUACGCUGGCCUCUCUUAGCCACAGCUGGAUUUUUGCAAUCAAGAAGGCUGAGAUGGACAGGAAGACACUGGACUGGGAGAUCGUGGAGCUGACCAACAAGCUGCUGGACGCCAGGAACACCAUCAACAAGCUGGAGGAGCUCAAUGAGCGGUACCGGCUGGACUGCAACCUGGCUGUGCAGCUCCUGAAGUGCAACAAGUCUCACUUCCGUAACCACAAGUUCGCUGAUCUGCCCUGUGAGCUACAGGACAUGGUUCGGAAACAUCUGCACACUGGUCAGGAGGCUACCAGCCCGGGGCCUGCCCCCAGCCUGGCCCCAGGGGCUGUGGUGCCCACCUCGGUCAUUGCCCGCGUGUUGGAGAAGCCGGAGUCUCUUCUGCUCAAUUCGGCCCAGUCAGGCAGCGCCGGGCACCCCCUGGCUGAGGAUGUCUUUGUGCACGUGGAUAUGAGUGGGAGUGACCCAGGUGACCCAGCCAGCUGCCCAGCUCCGGGAAGCCCCGUCCCCCAACCCAAUGGGGAGUGCUGCUCUCUGGGCACCGUGGGGGGCUCCCCAGAGGAGGAGAUGUCCCUGCCGGCCUUUGAGAAGCUGAGUCCCUACCCCACCCCGUCUCCACCCCACCCGCUGUAUCCUGGCCGCAAGGUGAUAGAAUUCUCUGAGGAUAAGGUGCGGAUUCCCCGCAACAGCCCCCUGCCCAACUGCACUUACGCCACCCGCCAGGCCAUCUCCCUGAGCCUGGUGGAGGAGGGCAGUGAGCGAGCCCGCCCCAGCCCAGUGCCCAGCAGCCCUGCCUCGGCCCAGGCCUCCCCGCAGCACCAGCCCAGCCCCGCCCCCCCGGGGCUCAGUGCCCCAGCCAGCUCCGCCAGCUCCGAGGAGGACCUGCUGGCCAGCUGGCAGCGGGCAUUUGUGGACCGCACUCCGCCCCCAGCCGCUGUGACCCAGCGCACAGCCUUUGGACGUGAUGCGCUCCCUGAACUGCAGCGCCACUUUGCUUUUGGUCCCGCUGGCGGAGAUGAGGAGGUGCAGGCACCUUCUUCCCCACCCGGUGAAAGUGGGCUUUUGCUGCCAACAGAAGCUGACCCUGGCUUUCCCAGAGAGGAGGAAGAGGAACAGCUGAACCUGCCCAUCAGCCCUGAGGAAGAGCGCCAGAGCCUGCUGCCCAGUGAUGGUGGCACAGAGGAGGGGCCUGGCACUCCUCGCACUGAGGGCAGGGCCUGGGCACUCCCCAGCUCCAGCCGCCCCCAGCGCAGCCCCAAGAGGAUGGGGGUGCACCACCUGCACCGCAAGGACAGCCUGACCCAGGCCCAGGAGCAGGGCAACCUGCUCAACUAGGGCCCUGCUUGCCUUCCUGCCACUGCUGCACGGGGACUGCAAAGGUGCCCCAACCCUCGCAGCUCAGGGUCCCCACCUAGCCCAAGCCCUUGGCCUCUGCUCCCUGUGCAGAUAGGGUCAGGCUACACCAGGCCUUUCGCUGCACUGACUGUAACUGGUACCAGCUUGCCUCAUGGUUUUUCCCUCCUGGAAUAUUUAUUCUCCAAAGGUAACAUGCAGCUGGGGCUCAUGACCUUUCUCCCAGUCGGCCCAAAUUGGUCUGUUCUGGGGAGCUGAGGGGGUUAUUACAUCAGUGUUUAUCCUCCAUCCUCCCUUCAUAUCCUCCAGUUUUCUAUUUUUAUCUGGCAGGGGGGUGGGGGGAGGAGGGUCAUUGGGAUUAUUAACCUCUAAUUUCAGUUUUCACCUGUUGCCCUCUCCCCCCAAAUCCUCUGCAUGAGCUGUUGCCUUCAAGGGCCUGGCACAGCAGGCCCUCGGGGGGAUGAGGGAGAGGACUGACUCAGGGCUCCCCUCAGCUGUUUCCUUCCUCCCUCUGGAAGGGAGUAGAGGGUGGGAUUCAGGGCCCUCAAGCUGGGUUCUAGGUGAAUCCUGGUCCCACUCCCAACCUUGGCUCUAGACUGUUAACUCCCAGCUUUGGGAAAUUUUCACAUCAAUAACUAUUUUAAAAUUAAAUAAAACUAUUUUACUGGUAUGGCCUAA